AUGCCUUUCGGGUUGCGCAACGCUCCCGCCACAUUCCAACGGCUCAUGAAUAUCGUGCUGGGAGGCGUCUGCAAGUGUGAGGUGUAUUUAGAUGAUAUUGUUGUCUAUUCAGACACCUGGCCAGAGCAUAUGGAGACACUCACUGAUGUGUUCCAUCGCCUGGAAAAGGCAUCCCUCACCCUCAACCUCACCAAGUGUGAUUUUGGUAAGGCCAUGGUGAUGUACUUAGGAAAACAAGUGGGUCAGGGACAAGUGCGCCCUAUCUUGGCCAAAAUCCAGGCCAUACUGGACUUUCCUGCUCCUCGGACUAGGCGUGAGCUCCGCUGUUUUCUCGGCAUGAGUGCGUUCCUGGCUGUUAAGACUCUCCUGUGCAGUGCGCCAGUGCUGGCUGCCCCUGAUUUUGCACGCCCUUUUAAAUUAAAGGUAGAUGCUAGUGCAAACGGAGCAGGUGCCGUAUUGCUACAGGAAGACCAUCAUGGUGUGGAUCACCCAAUCGGCUAUUUCUCAAAGAAAUUCAAUGUCCAUCAGCGAGGGUACAGCACGAUUGAGAAAGAGGCCCUCUCUCUGCUGUUCGCAUUGCAGCAUUUUGAGGUGUACGUUGGUUCCAGCCCCUUGCCUGUGAUCGUUUAUACCGACCACAAUCCCCUGUGCACGCCUACACGUAAAGGCACACACUCAGCCAAAGCAAAAUUGUCGCUGCGCAGCUACAUUUGCGAUUUAAGAGAUGACAAAGAGGAUACAGUGUUAGGGAGUCUGCCCCUGCUCAGUUUCCAGAUUGGAGGAGUAGAGCUUUCAGAAAACAUCACCUGCAAAUUUGCCUUUAAGGUGGAGCAUGUCGGGACCAGGACAUACUAUUUCAGCACAGACAGCUAUGCAGAACAGGAAGAGUGGAUCAGAGCCCUGAGUGAUGCUGCUGAGGUCAAUAGUCAACCAAGAAACAGGAAACACCAAGAUUUUAUCAACCACAGCAUGGAGACAAAGCCUCAUUACUCACAAACACAACAGAAUCCACACAUACAAACAAAGAAUGAAACUGACACCAACCUGGCCCUCCACUCUAAUAUCAAUGGGGUUGACAGCCCUGGAAUAUCUGCAAGCUCAAACAUUUGCUCUCACAUAAAUGAUAGAAUGGAAGGGAAAAGUGUAGAAGCUGAAGGGGGAAGAACAACUCCUCCUCCUAGUGCCAUGCCCCUCAACAGCAGUAGUAAACCCCCUCCAUCCAAGAGCCACAAUGGACAUCAACCAGCUGAGGGACAUGAAGAGCCAGGUGUUGGUUUAUCAUAUGACCCCAGGGAACAGCAGGAGAAUGUGGUGCUGAGGAGAGGUUUUGUCCCAAGGACAGCUCCAGAGAGGUUGGCCCAAAGAAAGUGCUCAAUGGCUCAACUGCAACAGUGGGUCAACCAGCGGCGGGGCAUGGCCUCGCAAGAAGACAUCAACAGGCCACCCUCUUACUAUUCUGUGAACCAAGAAGUCUCAGCUGGCUACUAUAACUUUGUGGACGAAUACUCUUUGUACCUACCAGGGGUCCGACCAGACAGCAUCUGCUCUAUGUCUGCUGUGGGGGGCUAUGACAGACUAUGGACUAUUGAGCAAAAGCGACACUCUCUGAGGGAUGAACCCCACCGGUUGUACAGGAAACAGAUGCCCCAAGACCAAUGGGGGCCACAGUACUAUGGUGGAAUGGAAACAUCCAUGAGGAGCCUGUUUAUUCAGCCACGUUCGAAGUCUGUGCCCAGAUCACCAUCCUCAUCAUCGAGACGGCCCUAUUCACCAGCGUCAUGCACCUAUGCCUCACCUGCUCGAUCACUAUCCAAUGGUUUUGACCGGUUUUCAGGGAGGAUGAAUGAAGAUGCAAUCUAUCCACCAGUCUACAGUCUGAGAAGAUCUUUCAGCUCCCCAAAGUAUAACUACCAUGGUGAUAGGAGGUCAUUAAACCAAGGAUUAUACCACCACAACUACCCUGUAUCCCCUUCUGUUCACAGUAAAAUGGAGGAUAUAUUAGAUUUUCAGCUCCAGCGCAACCUGGAUUACCUAGAUCAACAGCUCCUUGUUACACAGAAGCUCUUGGGGCGAUUAUGUGAGCAGAACCAGAUUUUGAAAGACCACGAGGCAGUUGUCCACAGACUGAGAAUGAAUAAGGACAGCCUAGAGGAAGCACUGUUGGCUACUCAUCAGGAAAUGGAGAUAUACCAUAACCAGCCUUUAAUCAUGGAAAAGCUGCAGUUCAAAAAGGAAACCCAGCAGAACCAGCUGAUUAACAUCAGAGGGGAGCUCUCCCAGGCCUCCAGUAGUGAAUUAGUUCGGAGGCACAUCCAAAAAGAGUUUUGGAGAGUUCAGGAUGUAUUAGAAGGUCUACAAAAGAACAGCUUAUCCAGAGGCAUAAAAACAGCCAAGGGUAGAGUUGACAGUGGUGCAUCAGGGUCCUUUACCACCAAUAGUCCAGCAAGCCCACUGAGCUCAGUAAGCCUUACCAGUCCACUGAGCCCCUACUCCCCAGUGCCUGUUUGCCAGGCUUCUCCAACCAAGGAGUUGGGUCUGGAGGAAAGUGUUCCCCCUAGGCCUCCCCUUCCCAAAUCCUAUUACCCAUUGGAUCCCUCCUAUACCUUUCCUCCCUCCAUCCCUCCCCUGCCUUUUGACAGCACAACCUGGCCACACAGCUUCGGCAUCGAUGUUGAUUACCUUGGUGGUGAAGAUUCUGACUUCAGAAAGCCCAAGUUUGGAGAAUUGAACAAUAUCAGUGAUGUUCAGGAGCAGGCCCAGGACAGGCAGUCCACCAUGAAUAAAGUUGGCAUUGUUCCUCCUAGAACCAAAUCCCCCACUGAUGAAUCACAGAGGAACUUUCCUGAAGUUCAUCGCCGUAACAGCAGAGUGCUUAAUGGAGUCUCCAGGGAGCGCCCAAAAAGUGCUGCUUUUCCCACAGAAAUUAAGAUGAAGAUGAGUGUGGAGGAACAGAAUGAGCGACUUCGUCGCAACCAGAGCAGUUCUAUGAGGGACAAAAGGAGAAGCCUAAACCUGUCAGGAGGCCAGUCUCCAGCCAAUUACAAAGUGGUUCGUAGGCGGCUGACAGCUCAUGAGAUUGACAUCAAAGACUUAGAGAAGGCAGUUCGAGGACAGGGGCAAGAGUCACCAGAGGAAGAAAUUGCUCGUCUGAGACGUUUACAGAUUGAACCAGAACAUUACAACAUCGGCAAAGAGAUGGCUCCUGACAAGGUUCUGAUCCCUGAGCGCUACCUGGAUGUGGAGAAUAACACUCUCUUGAGCCCAGAGGAGCAGAAGGAGAAGCAGAAGAAGCUAGAACGAAUCAAGACCCUUAUUGCCAAAUCAAAUCUGCAGAAUAUGGUUCCCCUUCUGGACGGCCCAGUGGAAGGUGGAGCUCCAGCCAGCUCCCAGCAGCAGUUGCAGGAGCAAGAGAAGCGCAUUGAGAUCUCCUGUGCUCUGGCUGCUGAGGCCUCUCGUCGUAGUCGCCUUCUCUCUGCUCAGUGUGCCUCCAGUUCUCCAGUCUCCCCAACAAACAUAGUUUCUCCCCCUUCCUCGGCUGACUUUCCCAUCUCCACCCACACCAUGAAGGUGUGAUUCUCACAAGUUCAAGCCCUGGGCGCUGUUAAGGUUGAUGGAGCAUCUUUCUGAGGAUUGACUCAAAAAACUGGAAAGUCUCAGAAAAUGGAAAAAGAAAGACCAAAUUUUUACAACGAUAUCAUUUAAAUGUGUCAAAUUUAAUUUCUGGGAGGUAAUAACAAUUUGAAAUCCAAAAGAAUGGGGUAAGACUCAUGAACUCAAGACUCCUCCUGUUAUAUAUGCACUGUAAUGACAAAGGAACACUUCAGAUUACUUAGCAUACUUCUUUUUCUUUUAGCUCAGGAUAUAUCCUACAAAGUAGAAAUUACUGAAAAACUAACAAGGGAACAUAGCAUAUAAGAAGCUCACGCUGAAGAUCAACUAUGAAAAAAGCUACAGAGAGUAUGAAGAGAGACAGUUUCUAACAGUGUGAUGUAAAUGAAUCUAAAGAUGCAUCUGGACCCUGAAAGCCAAUGUUAAAGAACCAACCAGCCCAACUACUGGCCUGUGAAGCUCAGUGAGGAGUGUGGCUAUGGAUAUUUAUUCACACUGGUUGAAGCCUUUGGAAAGUUUUGUGUAACGGAAUCACGUUUUCUUUACGGUCGGAUGCUGUGUAAAAUGCAAAUAAAAACAGAAUGUAAUGAUUUACAAACAAAUUAAUUACGUUUAUGAAAACGGUACAAGAAAAACUAUAUAUAAUAAAAAGGAGAAAUUGUUUUUGAAAAGAAAAAGCUCCCAUGUUUGGUGUAAUUCAUUUCAUAAUGCACCAAAUGUUUACAGUGAGUGAAGUAGGACCUGAAGUGGAGGCAGACCAUUUUAGGACCUGGACAUGUUAUCAAUGCUGAUACAGUCCAAGGAUUUGGCAGAAAAGCAGAUGUGUGAUUGAGAGCAUGUUGCUGUAUAAACUUGUACACAUAUCGUUGCAUGUAAGUAAAUUUACAUUUGCCUUCACAGAUGUUGAAAAUAUCGAUACCAUGCUGCACCCUCAAAUUGUUAGUGAUGCUGGUCUUGAAGCUGUGCACCAGUGACACGCAGCAGCUUUAAAAUAUGUUGCUGCUUUAUGUCAACAUUUGAUAUGGAUCUUUUGUUUUUCUUUACAUUUUAUACAGCCUACCAAGAGCUGAACACAGAUGCCGUGUAGUCAUGUAACCUUCGCGGUGUUACAGGUUUGUCUCUGAGCACGAUGUCCGGGACGCUGAAGAGACCUAUAACCUGUGUACAUUGAAAUAGCCAUCUGACUGGUGUGGGUACUGUACAGAAAAAAUUGAGGGAUGUUGAAAAUUUAUGUAGCUGAAAUCUGGUGGAAACCAAGACAGGUUGUUACAUAUGAAUGUAAUUUAAAUUGGACUCACAUACGGGAUUGCUAGUUCUAUUUUUAAGAGACAUGAUUACCUCAACACAGACACAUACUGCAUUUGGUUAAAUGGCUUUGCACUUAACAUCAAAUUCAGUAGGAGUUCCUCGACGACUUUUCCCUGUGAUUGUGUCACGUUUUUAGGUAUGUGGAUUGUUUGUUUCUAUAGAUAAUGAUAUGCUGUAUAUGGAAUGGGACAAUAGAAGUGACCUUAGAAGAGCAGUUUGGUAGUUUGUCAUUUAAAAGAUGUUCUCUUUUGUGAGGUAUUAUAUACUGAAAUACUGGCAUUUCAUCCAGUAAUGCAGUGCCAUAACAUGUUCUUGUACUGUGUGUGUAUAUAUAUAUAUGUAUAUAUAUAUAUAUAUAUAUAUAUAUAUAUAUAUAGUACAAAAAAAUAGCUAAGUGCGCUCUGUGAUACUUAAAACCUUCUAAGUAUCAUGUUACAAUGGAAAGUAAUCAGGUCCUCACCAGGUUUUAAAAUGGGGCCAAUACAAGAACAAAACUCAUUACAAGAACGCAUUUAUUGCUUUUAUUUGGAUUACCAAGGUCAGUAAUAGCCAGGUGCAAUAGUACUUGAUUAACUGAUCCACAGCAAGUGUGACACCUCUAUAAUAGCAGAAGUGGUCUGGAGCAUUCAGUCGUGCCAUAGAAGAAAGACCGUUAUCUUAGAGAAGCAACUAUUGCUGCCGAUCAGUCUGGGAAGAGUUAUGAGGCCAUUUUCUAACAAUUUAAAGUAACCCCAAAGUCAGACCAUGAAAUGUUUAGAGAAAUUGCUACAACUCUCAGUUAGCAUGUUAGAUGUUAAGGUUAAUAACAGUACAAUGAGAAAACAACGUUUAUUUUCUCUAAAAACAAGAUGGCAGCAUGGCAUAGUUUGCAAAGACUUCUGUAACAAUUGCAUUUGAACAGACAAGACCAGAGUGAAGAUGUUUGGUCACAAUGCACAGUACCAGACAAAGCAUACUAUGACCUCAUAGGAGAGUAAUCCUAAGCACAUCAACAAGAAAGCAAAAAAACCCCACAAAACAUUAAUAAUCUAAUCAAAUCUACAAUAAGAAGGAUAUGAGUAGAACUGAGGCGUUAUCAUAGUCCACAGUUCAGACCCCAACUAUUGUCCUCAUGACAGGUGUCCAUGAACAAAUGUCUGCAAACCUCAAUAAACUGAAGUGACUGUAUAGAAGAGUACGGCAAGAUGGCUCCACAAGUAUGUGAAAGGUGAUGAGAGGAUACAAGCUACUGAAUCAUUGGAUGUCAUUAGUUUUUCACACACUGCUCAUGCAUUUUGUCUUUGUUAAUUAAAUCAAUUAUGACAUAGUGUUAAACUUAAUGUUCAUCUCAAAUUGUAUUUACCUCAUUUUAAAACCUGGUAAGAACUAUACAUAAUUGUUUUAUCAUUCCCUUAUAAAACCUUAGAUUGAUUUUCUUUUUACCAUGACCUUAGGCUUUGCAAAAUGUGCAGAAAUGACUGCAUUUGUUUGGUUGUUUGUUUUGUUGCUUGGUUUUGGGGUGUUUCACACAUGGACCUGCAGAACUUUGAUCCUCUUUGAAACCGUGCCCACAGUUAACGAUACUAUCACUGACUAGAGUAUCAGAAGGACUAAUAACUUUUUUUUUUGCUAAUUUGUAAAUACAAAUAUAAAUACGCUGCACAAAAAUGAAAGAAACACCUUUUUAAUCAGAGAAUAGCAUGUAAUGAGUGAAACUUUGAGGACAUGCGCCAUCUGCUCCAGCCUGUCAAACAUAAACAAUCUUUCCUUUUAAGUACUUAGGAAAUCCUUGAAUUUAUAAAAACAAAACAAAACUAACAAAAAAAAAAAAAACCAAGAAAAAAAAUCACUGUAAUCAGUCAUAAUACUUUUUCUGACUAUAUAAAUGCAGUAGACACAUAAACUGUGAUGUCUUAAGCCAAAAACACACCUUUGUUAAAAGUUACCAGUUUAUGUUAUAGACACACUGUAUUAGAUUCACACAUGUACACCUCCCUGUUUGGUGUGUAUUCGUUGUGCUUUUUGCCCUGAAACUCUGAUUGUAAAGGGUCUGUGAACAGAUUGUGUGACAAUAGCCACAGAAAAUGGAAUUUGACACACAAAUGAUCACCGCUCACACAGUGCAUGUAAGACAGGUGGACACAUACAGUUAGCCCAUAAAUAUUUGGACAGAGACAACUUUUUUUUAAUACUGGCUCUGUACAUUACAACAAUGAGUUUUAAAUGAAGCAACUCAAAUGCAGUUGAAGUGCAGACUUUCAGCUUUUAUUCAGUGGGUUGAUCAAAAAUAAAUAUGAGGAAGUAAAGCAUGUUUUAACUCAACCCCUUCAUUUAAAUAUUGUCUACCUUACCUUGCAAGCUGCUUUUAAAGCACCUUGAGGUAACUGUUACUGUGAUUUGCUGCUGUAUAAAUAAAAUCAAAUAGAAUUUCAGGGGAAAGUAAUUGGACAAAUUCAAUAACUGAAAAUAAAAUGUCUGUUUCUAAUACUUGGUUGAAAAGCCUUUCAUGGCAUUGACAGCCUGAAGUCUUGAACUCAUGGUUCCCUCCUUUUUAAUGCUCUGCCAGGCUUUACUUCAGUGACUUUCGGUUGAUGUUUGUUUGCGGCCCCUUCUGAAGUUUAGUCUUCAACAACUUCAACAACACUCACUUAGUUUAAGAUCAGGUGACUGCCUUGGCCAUUCAAGAAUAUUCCACUUGCAUUAAUAAACUCCUGGGUUGCUCUGGCUGUAUGUUUGGGUCAUUGUCCAUGUAUUAUGAAACAAGGCCCAAUCAGUUUGACUGCAUUUAGCUGGAUUUAGCAGACAGUAUGUCUCUGAACACCUCAGAAUUCAUUCAGCUGCUUCUGUCCUGUGUCACAUCAUCAAUAAACACUAGUGUCCCAGUGCCACUUGUAGCCAUGUACACCCAAGCCAUCACACUGUAUUUUACAGAGGAUGUGGUUACUUGGACCAUGAGCUGUUCCACUCCUUCUCCAUACAUUUCUUCUUGCCAUCAUUCUGGUAGAGGUUGAUCUUGGUUUAAUCUGUCUAAUGAGUGUUUUUCCAGCACUGUGCAGGCUGUAUUAGAUGUUCACUUGGUUGGCUUUUGUGAAUGGGUUUUUCUUCAGCAUGGAAAUGAUUCUGCAAUCACCCACCACUGUUGUCUUUGACGUCCAGGUCUUUUUGUGUUGCUGACUCCAUCAGUGCUUUCUUUCUUACUGAGAAUUUACCAAACUGUAGAUUUUGCCAUUCUUAAUAUUUCUCAGAUGGAUUUUUUUUCUGUUUUUGUAGCUUUAGGAUGUCUUAUUCCACCUUCAUGUAGAGCUCUUUUCACCACGUUUUCUGUUCAUAGCAAAAUCUUCCAAAUGCAAGCACCACGCCUCAAGUCAACUGCGGGCGUUUUAUCUUAAUUGAUAAUGACAUAACAAAGGAACUGCCCACACAUGCCAAUGAAAGAACACUUUGAGUCAAUUGUCCAAUUACUUUUGGUACCUUUGGUUAAGAAGCUGAAUCUCCUAAACCCUUCAUCCAGUUUGAAUGUGGAUACCGUCAAAUGACAGCUGCUGGACAACUUUAGAAAAUACGAAAUAGUGUGCAGAUUUUGAACUUUGUUAGUUAAUUGAUUUGGUGGCAAUGGAGGCGGCCUUCAAUAGGAAAAGCUGUGAAAUACAAAGUUCCUGUUUUUCCACUAUGACAGUGCGUCCACAGUAAGAAAAACAGGGCAUUCUCUGUGAAUUAACAACAAAUUUAUGUUUGUAAUUAUAAAAUUACAGCACAAGACCUUUCUGUAAUUUUCCACAUUUAUCAUGUAGUUUCACUGGAGGAUCAGAAAAUAAUGAUUUUUGUUUAUUGGAUUAUUGGAGUCUGAUGUAUUCAGAAAUCACAUUCAAAAGCUAGUGUGUUGUAUUUCAUGCUAAAUGUAGCUAUCAGUAAUAUGACUAACAUUUUUUUACAACAUUCUGAGUUUAACAUUUUUAUAUUUAUUUUGGAUCUUAAAAUAGUGAAACUGCUUUAACUAUGCAAAUUAUAGUAAAAGGAGACAAAUGCUAUUCACUUGCUUUGUAAAUAAAGAAGCAAUAAAUAAAAUAAAGUAAAUGUAUACACUUUUAACUAGAUGCUUAUGGUUUCAUUACAGUAUUUUGUAUGAUACACUGUGUAUAAUAUAUUUUAUUGUUGUUAUUUUAAUUCAUUUUAUGAUGGUAUUCACUGCCAUGAAGUCUACUGAGGAAAACUGUCCUGUCUGUAUAUCUGAAUGAAUAAAGGGCAUAACCAAAGAC